UUUUGGCAUAGGAGGAGCUCAUGGAAGAAUUUACACCUCUCAGAUGACAGCGAGCCACUGACGUCAGCGAAGAUAUAAUAAAGCGGCUGUACAGGCACGUUCAUGUCUGUGUGUGUGUGUGAAGUUUGGAGAAUCUAGGCCCUAGCGGUAAAGGAAGGUCCAAAGUUGAGGCAAUCAAAUUAAAGAGUCUCGAAACAUCUUAAAAUCAAUAAUAAGCAACAACAUGGAGGUCAGCGCUGAGGCCAAGAUGAUUAUGGUCCACGCUCUAGGCAAACUAUACAGCUCGCGCGCCCAGCGCGGGGGACACCGUCUCCACCGGAGCCUGCUGCUCACGCUCGUAAUACAGUCCGCCCGGGAUAUCUACCACGCAUCGCAGGCCAGUUGUGAAACCACGACAGCAGCAGAGACGAUCCAGCAAGAGUCGCCGAUGGAGGAAACAACUGGAGAUCGUUUGGAGAGGGAGGUUUCCUCGUCUCUGUCUGGACUACCCGCGACCCCCCAGCCCCAGGAGAUUGCAGUAUCCUCCGAGGACGAAACGAACUCACACCCGCUGCACUGCAGUGUAACAGCAGGUAGAGAAGACAAGGAGAACCGGGGCCCGUCGAGGCCUGACCGUAACGCCAGGAAGAGACGGGGCAAGGCGGCCAUGGAGCCCGACUUCCUCCCCUGUAAGAAAGCGAAAAUGGAGCAAGGGAGAAAUACCGUCAUACCGAGCUCUGUGAACUGCUACCGUGUCGGUGGGGACUCCUUGGCUACACCGGUGCCCAUGUUAAGAGCAAUUGCAGCGUUUUGAAGGGACAAUGCAAGAAAGAAGCCACUGCUCCAAAACGGCCAUUAAAAAAGCCAGACUACGGUUUGCAACUGCACAAGUUUGCUUUGAUUUGGGUUCAUAAAUACAAUUUUGUGACCGAGCAGGAUGAAUGCGUCAUGGGCAAAACUAUCCGGGUAUGAGCCGGGUAGAGAGACAGGAGGCCGCAUAUGCGUUCAGACACUAUAGAACGCUGUGGUCUCUAAUGUUGGAAACGUGGCUAUGCCGGGAACUCAGUGGAGAUUUCUCCGAAAAUUGGAGCUUAUUUUGUGAAAGAGGUGACUGAUCGUUACGGUAAAAGAGUUAAUGCUCUCCCGCUGUGACUUUCCCUGCUGGCUGUGCGCCAAAAGAGGGAGAUGGAAGAACAUUGUUUGGUCUAAUACUUUCUAGGGCUGGGCCUGGUCGAAAAGGACUGAAUACUAUACACAGCACAAGCCUAAACCGACUGAAUAGUGCUGUUUACAAGGACUUUUAUAGCCUACACGUGCGCCAUGAUCCUGGAAAUACUAUACCAACUAUUUGCUAUUAAUCACUGCUGUGGGUCCGAGUAAUCCAAACAUUUGACCUAUUACAUAAAUUGAUCCAUUAAAUGUUCUGAAUGUUCUACCGUGUGAUACAUUCACAUGUAUAUGUUGUUAAUUUGAAAUUGUACGUUAAUUGGAACUUUUGUGGAACUUUUCUUCCAUAGGAACCAAAAUGAAUUGUAAUCGACACUGAUAACCAAAACUGUGAAACAAACCAUUCCAAUGACACUACCUCAAUUUUAUUUAUUAAAACGUUUUAUCAUGAGCUUCAA